AUGAAUAUCCUGGGUUUACGUCGCCAUUUCACCUCCCCUCUAUCGUUUACGAACGUUGAUGCUGUGCCAACUUCCCCUUCAAAUGUCUCGAAUCAGGACUCGCAGGACAACAAGGAUGUGUUACUACAAAGACUCAAUGACCUCGUGGUCAGGUUGUCACAUGAUGAUGCCGAGGAUGCUGCCAUCACUGCAUUGCACAAGAAGACGGAUGAGAUGGAGACGCUGUUGAGGGUGGAAUAUUCUAUGGAUUUGGAUCCGAAAGUAUCUCACAAUAAAGUCAAACCACCGCCGCCGCGAAGGGACUCCAAUGAUGUAUUCUGGGGGCGACCACUCAACACCAGACGGGAGAGCUACCUACGACGGCCAAGUUCUCCCGCACCGGUAUCCCGCAGUGCUUCAUAUAAUAGGCCUGUAGUGGUGAUCUCCAAAGCUGCUGAGAUCGCAACAUCAGCUGAAGAGUUGAAUGUGCGGCUUGCCAAAGCAGUCGGCGAACUUCAAGCUUCUAGGAUAGAGAGCGAUGAAGAACUGGAAACCAGUCGAUCACUACUCAACCGUACCCAAAUCGAUAUGCAAACUAUGGCAGCAAAACACGCAAAAGCUCUGGACGAUAUCACUUGGAGGGAGGACUGGGAUGAACUUAACCAAGAUAUGGAUAUGAGAGGUAAUAGCAGUAUAGGAGUGUGGGAUGACUCUUCCGAGUUUCCUGACGAGUAA